UCACAUACCCAAUAAUAUCGAGCUUGCCCAACAUCAAAUCCACCGAGGCAAUGCGAAAAGAGACACCUGCUGACGAAUGAGAUAGUGGAUAGACAAACUGUUACGUCUGACUCGAAACCCCACAUUCCGUAAACAAUAGAUUGGAAUAUGACGGUGGCACAGGAGCACUCGAGUGCAUACGGGCAUGUGUGCAAGAUUGCCUGUGCUAUGAAUAGAAUUCACGUAGAAUUUUAAUGGCCGUCCUUUGAGCAAAUCGUAUCCAGUUGUUCUCAAACGUAUGUGAAUUGCCGUAAAAUAUUGAAGCGUAGAGUGGGGCCACGAGAAAAAUACAACUAUUUAGGAAAACCACAUUCGUUGAAAUAGACACUGUCACUGUGUAGUUCAUUCGUCCCUUGAAGGCAUCUGCUCCAUAAGUUCACACUAUAAAAGCAAUGGAUGCUAUCCGUUUGAUUAAUGGCAUCCAUCGAUAAGCCCCCGAUCGGCUGGUGGCUUCUGACGAUUUCUGCUCUCCUAGUGAAAUCUGCUUCCGGAUACGCGCGUCCCGAUGAUGAUCAUGAGGAUCACUUUGCUAAAGACGUGAAAAGUUAUGCUGUUCCAGCCUCUCGUCUUCAGCACAAUGUGGCCCCUUUUCCCGCUUCGGGCCCUCCGAGAUCCUCUACCAAGCCCUCUCGUUACGCUCGUCCAGAGAUAUCAAACGAUGAUGAUUGGGGCUUUUAUGUGAAGGCAGACGAUGAAGGAGGUGGAGGCGGCGAUCAUGGUGUUGCUCCUGCUAUACCGAAUGAAAGGUCUAAGCCACAAAGUCGUAGUAGCGGAUGGCCAUCUUCUGAUUCCUCUCCAGCAUCCGAAAAACACCGACUCGAUCCUGUAGGCCCUGCUGCUAAUGUGGGAUGGAACUCUGCAAGUAAAGCUGUGAAACCUUCCUCGGGUUCCGCAGAAUGGUCGCCUUUUGAUGAUUCGGGCCCUACUAUUCUUAAGAGGCCUAGCCCUUCGUACGGACCGAAUUCUGAAGCGGCUGAGCCCCAAUUUAGUACAGGAUGGCAACUUUCGUCUGAUCGAGCGGGCAACGGUGGCGGAUGGUCGCCAUUGGGAAAUGCUAGCUCCACCCUGCCUUCUAAGAGAUCUGGACCAGCUUAUGGGUUCUUCGAAUCUACCAAGCCUUAUAAUGAAAGCGGGUCAUUUUCAAAAGGAGGAUCGGCAAGGCCCAGUUCUGGCUCUGAGCUUUCCUUUGGUAAAGGAGUUAGUGAAUGGUUACCUUUUGGCGAUAAUACACCUACUCGUCCUUCUAAUAGACCUACUACUGACUAUGAUCUAGCGACUGCUUCGAAACUAGCUAAUGAAGGCUGGUCACCUUUAUACAGUCAAUCUGCGAGGCCCAGCUUCGGGCCGAGACCCUUCUCUGACGCUGGUGGUGCGUCGUGGUCGCCUUCCGGUGGAAAUGAGCCUACUCGUCUUUUAAACAGACCAAGUAUUGCCUACGGGCCUGCUAAACACUCAAACGGGGAUUGGUCACUUUCUUCUGGCCGAUCCACAAAACUAAUCUUUGGUCCUGCACUGUCUAAUGAUGGCAGAGUAGUAGCAGGAUGGUCAUCAUCAACCUCGCAUAGGCCAAAUAAACUCGGGGCAGCCUACGGACCUUCUAAUCCUUUCAAACUUUCCAAUGAAGGAUGGUCGCUUUCGUCCGGUCAGUCAGGCAAGCCCAGUUUUGUGCAAGGGCUUUCUUUUGCAGGUAGUCAUGCAUCGUGGUCACCUUCUGAAAAAAAUUUUCCCACACCACCUCCAAACAAAGCAAGUGCUGCUUAUGGCCGAGCUCCAGCUUCAAAAUCAGCUAAUGGAGGCUGGCUGCCUUUGUCAGACUCUGCAAAACUUAAUUUCGGGCUUAAACCUGCUUCUGCAGCUGGUGGUGUACUGUGGUCACCUUUUGGAAGAAACCUUCGCACACAUCCAUUAAACAGACCAGGUGCUACCUAUGGUCCCGCUUUAAUAGCAUCCAAUGGAGGUUGGUCGCCUUCGUUGGGUCAAUUCGUGGAAUCCAACUUCAGUCCAGGGCCUUCACCUGGCGAACAUGCUGAAAGAUGGUUAUCUUCAGGUGAAGUAGUACCAACUCAUACACCGAAACGACCUGGUCCUGCUUAUGGACUCUCGGGCAAACAGGCUCUAGCUAAUGGAGAAGGUUGGUCCCCGUCGACCGGGGGAUCCAACAAAUCGAACGUUGGACUCGGGCUUUCUGCUGGCGCGGAAGCUAGAAAAUGGCCACCUUCAGAAAGUUCCAACGUUACGAUACUUCCUAAGAGACCAAAACCUUCGUAUGGAGUCGCCACAGUAUCUGCAUCUAUAAAUGUUAGACGAAGCACUGAAGGCUGGCUGUCUUCUGGAACUUCUACAGUAGGACCAGACCCUGGCUUUAGCCCACCCGGUAUUGGGAAUUCAGUAAGAUGGUUUCCGUCGGAGGGUGCAAGACCCACUCUGUUACCUGGAAGGCUUGGAGUUGUCCAUGGACCUGUUAAGCCGCUUGCUGAUGGCUGAUGGCUGAUGGCGAAUGGUCACCAUCUGGUAAUAGAACGCCAAAAUCUAGCUUCAACCAAGGCCCUGCUGGUGCAGCAGAUGAAUGGAGGUCUCCUGCUGGAGGAGCUCAGACUACAAGACCGCACACUACUUAUAGACCUGGAAGCCAUGGAAGUGUGAAAGGCUACGGAGAUCGCGAAGGACGCAGAGGUCAAGACGGCUAUAGUAGUCGAGAUGGUCAUAGAGGUCAGAAAGACUAUGGUGGUCAAAAUAAUCAUGGCGGUCGGGGAAACCUUACAGGUCAAGGUGGUCACGGAAAUAAGGAGGGCCAUGGAGGUAAAGGUGGAACCGAAAGCGCAAUGCUGUAUGAGUUUCGCUACAAUGUCUUGAUAAGGGCAAUAUCUACCGGGACGAAAGGAGACCAAACCGGGAGGGUGACUGCUAUUCAUACAAUACGAACCAAUGAUGGCAUCGACAGGAAAGUGAGCAAUCGUGCUAUUGAUAUUAUUUUUCCUUUAUUUACGCAUAGGGAUGUAAUAAUUACUAUGUUUCGCUAAUAGCUUGGAAUGAAUUCGCUUAUUAGUUCAAAUUAAGGAUUGAGGUGAAAUACAUGGCCGACUAAUAGGGUUUCCACGCUGAAAUAGACAUAAACGGGCUGGAAACGACAACCCGCCUGAUGUUAUAAUCCAUCCGAGCGCUCCUCUAACUCGUCAUGAUCUGCCACCUGCUACUGAGCAAACCAACAGGUCUGCAGUGCCUUCAUUUGCUGCCGGUUAGAAAGAUCAGGCUGGCAUUUGAAGAUUCCAAUAACAGAGGAAGCAGCGACGGUAGCAGAAGUGCUUAUGCCGAUCCUAAUUCCGACGUGGGCGGAGAAUAAAAAGAAUAGAUCUAGUCGACAGAACCAACUUAUUUUUGAAAAGAAUUGCCAUAGGAUGUUCAAAACAUAAUGUUCUGUGUAGCUAUAACGAGUGAACUAACAAGAAGAUCACUUUAGAGCAGUUCUUUUUUUAGACCAUACUGUCACUGUAAAUGGCGUUGUGCUGAGAGUUAUUCCACCGAAGGAUAGUUGGACGUGUGAUGUUUAAUGCGUAGUUUAUUCUGUUGUGUUGGUAAUGCCUAUUUCAUUGGAUCAUAUACAUUUAUGAGAGCAGUAAGGAAUAGGACAGACACAUUUAUAUACAUAUAUAUAUAUAUAUAUAUAUCAUAUAUAAAUAGAGCUUGUUUAUUAAUACAUAAACAAGGAUGAACGUUGUUUAUUUAUUUAGUUGUUUGUUUAUUAUAUUACAAAGUUCAACUGUAAGACGCAAUGUUAAAUUAUGACUUU